AUGUUCGCCAAGAUAGGAGUAAAGUAUACUAAUGGAAAGGAUAAAGCCAGGGCAGAAAUUGAUGGCUACGUCCUAACCUACAGCUCCUCUGAGGGCUCAAGUGAGGAAAUCCCGGUCGGGUUUGACAGCACUUCAUAUGUGCUGACUGGCCUGAGGCCUGGUGUCCCCUACACUGUCUACAUCUGGGCCAUCAAGGGAGGCAAAGCCAGCAGGAAGAUCUCUACUCAAGCUGUGACAGAACUGGAUGCUCCUGCUAACCUCUUAGCCCGAGAUGAAACAGAGUCCAGCUUCAGCGUGUCUUGGGAUCCAGCCCAGGCUAACAUAGAUGGCUACGUCCUAACCUACAGCUCCUCUGAGGGCUCUAGUGGGGAGAUCCCAUUGGGGCCUGACAGCACCUCUUACACGCUGACUAGUUUGAGGCCUGGGGUUCUCUACACCGUCUACAUCUGGGCCGUCAAAGGAAACAAAGCCAGCAAGAAGAUCUCGACACAAGCCGAGACAGAACUGGAUGACCCUGCUAACCUCUUAGCCCGAGAUGAAGCAGAGUCCAGCUUCAGUGUGUCAUGGGAUCCAGUCCAGGCAGAAAUUGAUGGCUACCUCCUAACCUACAGCUCCUCUGAGGGCUCAAGUGGGGAAAUCCCAGUCGGGUCUGACAGCACCUCUUACAGGCUGACUGGCCUGAGGCCUGGUGUCCUCUACACUGUCUACAUCUGGGCCAUCAAGGGAAGCAAAGCCACCAGGAAGAUUUCAACAAAAGCUGAGACAGACAUCGAUUCCCCUAAGGACCUGAAGGCGACAGAUGUGAAGCUGGAGUCUGCUCUUUUGUCCUGGGUUCCCCCUCUCGCUGACAUUGAUGGUUACAUCCUCACAUAUAGAGAUGAAGAUGGCAACAUGGAGGCGGUUGAAAAGCAGCUCAGGGCCGGCGAGAGCAGUUUUGCUUUACCCGGUUUGGAGAUGGCGAAAAGAUACAUCGUCACCAUCAUCGCCUACAGGGGGAACAAGAGGAGCAAGGUGGUAGAAACCAUCUUCAAAACAGUUGGCCUCCUGUACCCCUUCCCCAUGGACUGCGUUCAGAUCAUGAAGAAUGGCAAUAAGAAGAGCGGUAUCUACACCGUCUAUAUUAACAAUGACCGCUCCAAACCCAUUGAGGCGUACUGCGACAUGGAGACUGAUGGAGGUGGCUGGCUGGUGCUCCAGCGACGUACCAGUGGCAAGCUGGACUUUAUGAAACGCUGGAGACAGUACAUUGCCGGCUUUGGCAACAUGACAGACGAGUUCUGGAUUGGUCUGGAUAAGAUAUAUGAGCUCACCAACACUCCUACACAAUAUGAGCUGAGAUUUGACCUGGGCCUGGGCACUGAGAGAGCCUACGCUGUAUAUGACAACUUUAAGAUUGCACCGGUCAAGCAGAAAUUUAAACUCACUAUCGGCAACUACAGGGGGACAGCAGGUGAUGCGAUGACCUACCACCAAGGCCGGCCCUGGACUACUGUUGACUCAGAUAAUGACAUCGCCCUGGGUAACUGUGCCCUGACCCACCGUGGCGCCUGGUGGUACAAGAACUGUCACCUGGCCAACCCCAACGGGAAAUGGGGAGAUGUCAGACACAGUGUGGGAGUGAACUGGGAGCCGUGGAAGGGCCACCUGGUGUCCCUUGACUUCACCGAGAUGAAGAUCCGACCUGUUGGAGCCAUGUCCAGCAGGAAGAGGCGAUCGUUGAUGGCCAGAGAGAAGAGCAGAACCACAAACCUCCAAAAGAAAUAACAGAGCACCUCACACUAAAACCACAAUUGACAUCAGUGCCAUUAACCUGCCAUCAUGCUAGAUUUGGGUGUUUCUGUACAUAUGUACAUACAUAUGUCCCCACUGGUCUACAUGCUUCGAUGUGUCUCAACUCUUGGACAACACUUCUUUGGGUAAAGAGAAAAAUGUUCAUAUGCAAUAGUAACUUAUUAUCUGUUUAUAUACAAUGAGAUUCAUCAGAAAUUCCUAGGUUUAGUGUGAUGGCAGGAAAGCGGUGAAUAGAAAACUGCCUUGGAGUUGUUUUUAAGUGAACAUUAAUGAGUUUAGUCUUAUCAGUUAUGAUGCAAUUGUUAUUUUUUUAAACUCCUGUUUCACUGCCUCAAUUAUAAAUCAGGAAACAGUGCUUUUAUGUUAAAUUUGGAACCAAAAUAUCAAUUUUUUUUCCAAUUACUGCAUUCAUUUUAACUUUCUUUUAAACCUCGGGGCAGCAGCCCGGAUUACUUGUAUUAUAUUUGUUUAUUUUAUGUCUUAUGAAGAAUUUGAGUAGCGACUUUUCUUGUGUAUAGCAGUAUUUUCCUAACAACAUAAAUGUAAGAAAAAGCGGUAAAAACGGCUUGUGUGUUUUGUUUGGAGUGUGACCGAUUAGCGAGUUAGUCCCCUGAGUUUAUUGAGUAUGAAGUUGGCUGGCGGUGUCACAUUCAGCUGUCACUAUGCCGCAAACACUGUCGCAUCACAUUAGUGUGUGCAGGACGAGCCAGAGAAUAACAAUGGAUGGCUGUCCUGAAUGACCAUAUUGCUCCUGCUUUACAUUCAUAUGACAGGGACAGCGCAUAUCAAUCAAUGUGAUGUGUGUUUAUAUCAAACGUCAAUAAGGAUGAAGUGUGUUUGCCCCAUCCUCCACGACUUAACGGCCAGACUCUUGUUUUUAAUCUGGAAAGCUGACAAAGGUUAUUAAUACUGCUUUGACUUUGACUUUAUUACAUAAUUACAUUUUUUUUACACUUUUAUUACAAACUGUUGGCUUACGAGACAAGGAUGGAGCACAUCAAUCAAUAUUUCUGCUGAUAUGCCAGAAUUGAUCUAUAGCUAGCGCUUCUCAUAAAUUUUCAAUUCACCAAAAUUUCUUUUUAAGCUUUCAUGACCCAUAAAGUUUUAUUCCAGCCAAUCCCUAAACAGGAUUUUCAAGGUCAGGAAUGAGGACUGUGACUAUGGAAUUUAAAAACCCUUAUAUGAAUCUAUUUUGUUUUACUAAUUGUAUUGUCAGACUAACGAUACAGCUGCUCAUUCAUAUUAUUGCCACACAUUCUCAAUAAAUAAAUAAAUAAAAGGUUUUGUUACAUGAA